CAUUCAUGUCAAGCUCGUCAUGUAUUGGUAUCACACGUAAUUAAUGAUGCUGAAAACAGGUGUAUAUAGAAUUAAUAAUCACACUUAAUUAAGUUUGUCAAUGUUUUUUUUUGUUUUUAUUUUACAGAACAUCGCCAUGCAAUCCAAGAAGUCUCUCAUCUGUUUAGCAUUCCUAUGCUUAUGCAGUGCAUACCUCUUUUAUUGUAAACUGAAGAGGGAUUUCAGAAUGGAUUUGACAAGGACUUCACAAAUUGCAUCAGAAAAUAAUCACGAUAAUGCAGAGUAUAAAGCGAGAUUUGUUACAAAAGAUUUGACAAGAAAUGUCACAAGAGAUGCUUCAAAACCAGAAAACACAAAAAAUAGUGUAAAGUAUGAAACGCGAAAUCUUGUUACAGGAAAUACAAGAAAUGCUCCAAGACUCCAAAACAUAAAACAAGGAAAGGAUGGGUGUUGGGUCAGCAGAAAAAGUAACGGAGCCAGUAGUUAUACGGAGACAGAGAGACGAGCAAAAGAUCUAUUUUUUGAAAGGUUAUCACGGGAAGAGAGAGAGAAAUUUAGGGACCUCAUUAAAACCUUCAGUGAACGUGUGCCCUCUAACAUCACCUACUUCAUCUAUGGAGGAGCUUUACUGGGUUCCUACUCCCAUCACGGCAUUAUUCCCUGGGACGACGACGUGGACAUCAUUGUGAGGGAGAGUGACAAACCCGCAUUGUUGACAUUCCUGCAGUCGCUCCCACCAGAGUAUGAAGUCAACGCUUCAGUGAAAAUAAGCUGGAAAUUGUCUCACGCAAAUUCUCUCAUGGCUGGUGGCAAGAGCUGGAAAUAUCCAUUCCUCGAUAUAUUUUUUUACUCUGAACACAAUUCAUACAUACAAGAUUGUAAAAUUCGGGAAAAGAUAUACAAGAAGAGUGACGUGUUUCCCUUGAUAACACGGCCCUUCAUGGGCAUGAUGCUGCCCGCUCCAAGGAACACCCGCAAAGUGCUGGAACUGGUCUACACGAUUGAUAUGUGUGUGUCGAAUUUGUAUGAUCACAAACGGGAAGAGGAAGUGCCAUUGGAAUGUAGGGCAAGAAUUCCUUGUUUUCUUCUGAAAGACAUGUUUCCUUUUGUAACCAGAAUGAUAUCAAAUAACAAAACUAUUGAAGUGUUGGAAAAUAACUAAAACAUUCCGUAACACCUGGCAUUAUUCUGGCGUAUAUUACUUACAUACAUGUCUACCAUACUUGUAUCAGUGGAAAAUUGAUGUUUUUUCAUGAUCUGGGUAGGUCUCGACUUUUCGUUUGAUGAAAAAGUUUAUUAAUGUCCUUUUAAUUUUUCAUGCAUGCUAUAUUAGAUAUCUCUGCUCU